AUGGUGGUGUACUGGUGACAGGCUGGGCUCAGCUACAUCUGAUACUUCCAGAUCUCUGCAAAAGCAGUGAGAGAUGCACUGACAACAGAAUUGAAAACAGAUGCCAAGAAGACUUCCGGCAGCAGCCUAAAAAUUGUGAAAGUGAAAAAGGAAUAG